UCCGAGUCACAUCCCGCGGAGCUGAGCCGCUAAAGAAAAACUUCUGUGUCCGAACCAGAGUUCAGUUUUGUCGGAUACAAAGAGUCCGGAGGAGCCGCUGAAAACCUGGAGAUAUCAGCUUGUUUUAUGUGUGCCAUGUUUUUCUAACGAUAAACGGAUUAUUGGAUGAAGCCCUUACCUGCAGCUGACGGUCCACUGUGAAGCAGCAUGAACGGAUAUGAAGCUCCAGCUCUCGCCUCCGGCAUCUUCAGCUCCUACAGCUCACACCUCAAUGGCCACGACUCUGAGUCUCCUGAGCCUCCGACAACUAAAGCCAAGUCCAGUGCCAAAGCUCUGUACGAACAAAGAAAACAUUACACCAAGAACAGCAUCAACAGUCUGACGGACACGUCGCAGUAUCACGUAGAGCACCUGACCACGUUCGUGUUAGACCGUAAAGACGGGAUGAUCACCGUGGACGACGGGAUCAGACGUCUCCGUCUGCUGGACGCUAAAGGGAAAGUCUGGACUCAGGAGAUGCUGCUGCAGGUGGAGGAGAAGAGCAUCAGCCUCAUCGACCAGGAGACCAAGAACGAGAUGGAGAACUUCCCCAUCGGGACGAUCCAGCACUGCCAGGCCGUGAUGAACGCCUGCAGCUACGACUCCAUCCUGGCUCUAGUGUGUAAGGAGUCGGGUCAGACCAAACCAGACCUCCACCUGUUCCAGUGUGACGACAUCAAGGCGAAUCUGAUCCACGCAGACAUAGACAGUGCCAUGACCGAUGCCAAAGGAGGGAAAGUGAAGAAGAGACCAGAGACUCUGAAGAUGAUCCUGAAGAGCGACGGGAUCAUCCCCCCACCUCCUCCUGCUCCUGCCCCCGAGCCCCCAGCAACGUCCAAUCAGGUGGACGUAAAGAGCCGAGUGGCCGCCUGGUCGGCCUGGACCAAUGAGCAGCAAGACUACGAGAAGCAGCGUCAGGUCUCGGAGGAGGACGGGCUGGUGGAGAUGACGGCAGCUCGGGUGGACAGAGACGUGCAAAUCCUGAACCACAUCCUGGACGACAUCGAGUCCUUCGUCACCAAACUUCAAAAAGCUGCCGAGGCUUUUAACGAGCUCUCCAGGAGGAAGAAGACCAAGAAAGGCAAGAAGAAAGGUCCUGGAGAGGGCGUCCUCACCCUGCGCUCCAGACCUCCCACUGAGGAGGAGUUUGUCGACUGUCUGCAGAAGUUCAAACACGCCUUCAACCAGCUGGGGAAGCUGAAGGACCACAUCCAGAACCCCAGCGCUGUGGAUCUGGUUCACUUCCUCUUCAAUCCUCUCAGGAUGGUGAUCCAGGCCUCCGGCAGCGUGGAUCUGGCACGCAGCGUCGUGGUUCCUCUGCUCACCAAGGACGCCAUUGAUUUCCUCCACUCCUCAGGAACAGCAGAGGAGAGACACCUGUGGGUUGCCCUGGGAGACGGGUGGACCAAAUGCAGGUUGGAGUGGCCGAAGGAUCACUACUUCCCGCCCUGUGCUCUGAGGUUUGCUGACGGCUGGGAGCCUCCGGUUGUAGCGGCGAUGACUCCGAGUCGAGAGCAGGAUCUGACGCAGCUCGCCGAGAGUCUCGCCAACGCCGAGGUCCAGAGACAAGAGGAGCUGAAGAUCAGACUGGCCCAGGAGCCGUCGGCGGUGCCGAAGUUCCCUCCUGCAGACGGGUACGCCUUCUCCAACUCCUCCUACAAACGAAUGCAGAUCCUGGAUCAGGACACGGCCAUGGCUGCGUUCAAACACGCCGUCAGCCGCCGUGUAGACCGAAGUUUUGAUGGUGACAGCAGAGGCCAAAUGAAACAGUUUGCCAAAUCAAAAUACGACUUUGUGGCAAGAAACAACACGGAGCUGUCGGUUCUCAAAGACGAGGUCGUUGAGGUUCUGGACGACAGGAAGCAGUGGUGGAAGGUUCGUAACGGCUGUGGGGCGUCCGGCUACGUGCCAAACAACAUCCUGGAGAUAACCAAAGCUGUGGACAUCACUGGCCGUGGAGAGCCCAUCUACAGCCACACCAUCCAGAAGCAGACCACGAGGACCGACUUCAUCCCCAGUAAACCUGUGGUGACUCCGAUGCCUCCGGCCCCCACGCCGCCCCCUCCAGCCCCCGCCAGGCUCCCCACGCCACCGCUGCCUCCUCCGGCCGCUGAGCCCACCAAACCGCCCGCCACCGCCACCAGCAGCAGCAGCACGGUCAGCCGCCAGAACAGCACCACGUCCAGCGACAACGGCAGUGUCGCCAUGAGGGAGCACAACAACCAGAGACCUGCACCCUUCAACCGCAGGAAAUCCAACAUGGAGGAGGUCCAGGACGAGCUGAUGCACAGACUGACUCUGGGCCGCAGCGCUCAGAAGAAGUUUCAGGUUCCCUCUCGCAGCAACAGCAGCAGCCUCCCGUCCGUCAACAUCACCUACGACUCGUCACCUGAUGAUGUCAGAGCCUGGUUAGAGGCCAAAGGCUUCAGCCCCGUCACCAUCACCAGCCUCGGCGUCCUGACCGGAGCUCAGCUGUUUUCUCUCAACAAAGAGGAGCUGAAGACGGUCUGUCCUGACGACGGAGCUCGAGUCUACAGUCAAGUCACGGUGCAGAAGGCGGCGCUGGAGAGGAGUUCAGGCUCUGAGCUCCAGGAGAUCAUGAGGAGGCGACAGGAGAAACUGGCAGCCACCACCUGUGAUUCAGGGGUGGAGUCUUUUGAUGAAGGCAGCACCCACUGAGCUCCUCAUGACUUCCUCCUUCCUUCCUUCCUUCCUUCCUUCCUUCCUUCCUUCCUUCCUUCCUUCCUUCCUUCCUUCCUCCUUUGCUUUAUUUUUUCAAACUGCAGCCUGCUGUUUUCUCGCACUCUUGAUCCUCAGGCGGCGGCUGACCACGCUGAGUUUGUGGAGAUCAUGCGGCGCAGACAGGAACUCCUCAGCUCGUCUCCGUAGAGAAUAAAAACAGGACCGAGGACAGGACGUCCGAUAUGUUCAGAGAGAACAUCCCGCCAUGUUUGCCUGAAGUUCACCUGAACUCUUUUGGGACUCUGGAUGUUGGACUUUUGUUGGUGUUUGUAAAAAGUGAAGAAAAGCUGCUCAGUAGCUCAUUUUCCAAAGCGAAGCCUCUCAGUAUUAACGUCAGGAGACGCUCUGUAGGUCGUCAGCUGCAGUUUGUGCCUCAUGUGUCGUGACAGUGGAGUCACAGUUCAAACAGACUGAACCCUGAUCUACAAACACUGCUGCUUCACAAAGAAAACUCUGAUGCACAAUAAAAAAGAUUUUAACUCAUUUCUGAUGUUGCAAAGAGCCAAAAGUGACGCAUCUUCAUCUCUAUGACGUGAAUCAAAACUUUGAAGCUCCAUGUUUCUUCUUCUGUGUUUUAUUUGAAGUGUUGAUCCAUCAGAAGAUAUAAAAACC